AUGGUGCCAUCAAGGUGGGGGUGGUGGCUGUCCUCUUGUUCCCUUGCCAAAGUCCUGGUAGCCUCGGCCGUCUUUGCGGAGAAUGCCUCCCAGGUUGGAGCAUACGAAAACGAGCUGGAGACCAACUCUACCAGCUGUGAGGGAUCCAGUGGGUGUCAGCCCGGGGUGAUCCUCCCUGUAUGGCAGCCGGACAACCCUUCGCUGGGUGACAAGGCUGCCCGGGCGAUUGUCUACUUCGUUGCUAUGAUGUAUAUGUUUCUGGGUGUCUCCAUCAUUGCUGACCGUUUCAUGGCCUCCAUUGAGGUAAUCACGUCCAAGGAGAAGGAGAUCACCAUCACAAAAUCCAAUGGGGAGACCAGCAUUGGCACUGUAAGGAUUUGGAACGAGACGGUCUCCAACCUUACCCUUAUGGCCUUGGGCUCCUCUGCGCCUGAAAUACUCCUUUCGGUCAUUGAGGUCUGUGGCCACAACUUCGAAGCAGGUGAGCUGGGCCCAGGGACUAUUGUUGGCAGCGCUGCCUUCAACAUGUUUGUAGUCAUUGCUGUGUGUGUCUACGUCAUCCCGGCUGGGGAGAGCCGCAAGAUCAAACACCUGAGAGUCUUCUUUGUCACGGCAUCCUGGAGUAUCUUUGCUUACAUUUGGUUGUACCUGAUUCUCGCUGUCUUUUCGCCAGGGGUAGUGAAGGUCUGGGAGGCCUUGCUCACCCUCGUCUUCUUCCCUGUCUGCGUGGUCUUCGCAUGGAUGGCUGACAAACGACUCCUCUUCUACAAAUACGUCUACAAGCGGUACCGGGCCGACCCUCGCAGCGGUAUCAUUAUUGGAACCGAGGGUGAGUUCCCAAAGGGCAUAGAGAUGGACGGCAGCUUCGUGGCCAACGACCACCGGGAGAGUGUCUUUGUGGAUGGAAGCAUGGCUUCAGUGGCCCCCCUACCUGCCACUACACAGGAGGAGAAAGAGUUGGAUGAGAGCCGCAAAGAGGUCAUCCAGAUCCUUAAAGACCUAAAGCAAAAGCACCCAGACAAAGAACUGGAGCAGCUUGUCGAAAUGGCCAACUAUUACGCCCUGUUGCACCAACAAAAGAGCCGAGCUUUCUAUCGCAUCCAGGCUACCCGCUUGAUGACCGGGGCAGGGAACAUCCUCAAGAAGCACGUCUCUGAAUUCUCCAAGAAGUCUACUAACCUGCUGGAGGUGCCCUCGGAGGCAGAGGUGGAGGAGAACUACAGCAAAAUAUUCUUUGAGCCAUUCAUGUACCACUGCUUAGAGAACUGUGGCUCGGUCACUUUGACCGUGGCCUGCCAGCAGGGCGGCGACACAUACAAUACCUUCUAUGUCGAUUACAAGACAGAGGAUGGCUCGGCCAAGGCGGGCUCAGACUACGAGUACAGCGAGGGGACGUUGAUCUUCAAGCCAGGGGAGACCCAGAAGGAGUUGAAGAUUGGCAUCAUCGAUGAUGACAUUUUCGAGGAAGACGAGCACUUUUUUGUUCGGCUGCUCAACCUGCGGGUGGGGGAUGCAGAGGGCAUGUUUGAGUCAGACUCAGCCGACCACCCCAAGGGCCGGUUGGUGGCCCCCUUGGUGGCCACUGUGACCAUUUUGGACGAUGACCAUGCUGGCAUCUUCACCUUCCAGGACAAACUGCUGAGGGUCAGUGAAUGUCAAGGGACCCUGGAGGUCAAGGUCAUCCGGAGCUCAGGUGCCCGUGGGACGGUCAUGGUUCCCUACCAGACUGUGGAAGGGACAGCAAGAGGAGGGGGUGUGGACUAUGAAGACUCCAGUGGGGAGCUGGAAUUCAAGGACGACGAAACCGUGAAAUCCCUCUAUGUGAAAAUUGUGGAUGUUGAAGAGUACGAGAAAAAAGACAGCUUCUUUAUAGAACUGGGGCAGCCGCGCUGGCUGAAACGGGGCAUCUCAGCCCUUCUGCUAAAUCAAGUGGAUGCCGACAAAAAGCUCUCUGCCGAGGAAGAGGAGGCCCGGCGGAUUGCCGAGAUGGGCAAGCCCAUCCUUGGGGAGAAUUCCCGCCUCGAGGUCAUCAUUGAGGAGUCCUACGAUUUCAAGAACACAGUGGACAAACUCAUCAAGAAAACCAACCUGGCGCUGGUGAUCGGCACGCAUUCCUGGCGAGAGCAGUUCCUAGAGGCAAUCACCGUGAGUGCCGGUGACGAGGAAGACGAGGAAGACGGCCGGGAGGAGCGGCUCCCUUCCUGCUUUGACUACGUCAUGCACUUCCUGACUGUCUUUUGGAAGGUGCUGUUUGCCUGCGUGCCCCCCACUGAGUACUGGAACGGCUGGGCCUGCUUCAGCGUCAGUAUCCUGGUGAUCGGCAUGCUGACUGCCCUGAUUGGAGAUUUGGCCUCCCACUUUGGCUGCACCGUCGGCCUCAAGGACUCUGUCAACGCCGUUGUGUUUGUGGCCCUGGGCACCUCGAUUCCAGACACCUUCGCCAGUAAAGUGGCAGCCCUCCAAGACCAAUGUGCUGACGCCUCCAUCGGCAACGUGACUGGAAGCAACGCGGUCAACGUCUUCCUGGGCUUGGGCGUGGCCUGGUCGGUGGCCGCCAUCUACUGGGCCUUCCAGGGCAAAGACUUCAAGGUGCAGACGGGCACUCUGGCCUUCUCCGUCACCCUCUUCACCAUCUUCGCCUUCGUCUGCAUCAGCGUCCUCAUGUACCGGCGCCGUCCACACAUAGGGGGCGAGCUGGGGGGGCCCCGAACCGCCAAACUCCUCACCACCAGCCUCUUCCUGGGCCUCUGGUUGAUCUACAUCCUCUUUGCUAGCCUGGAGGCCUAUUGCCAUAUCAAGGGCUUCUGA